AUGCCAAUUGUACCCAUGCUUCGACUUCGCAGUUCCCCACAAAACCGUCUCAUCCGUCGCCUGCUGUUUGCCACCAUAUUCUUUCUCCUAAAUGCUCAUCUAUUCAUUUAUUUCCUACAUAGCCCCAAUGAAGAAGCUUCGGACGACUUAGCUUCUCUCUGGGACUACAAUCCGGCCGUUACGGUACCCAUGGUUCACGGUAUCGGGAAGGUCUAUAUCGCAGCGAAUCAUUGGAUAUCCGGGAAGAUUCUUAAACCAUAUUGGAUCAAUGGAUUGUUGAUGUUGAUACAACAGUUGGGGCCUGAAAAUGUGUUUGUUAGUAUUUACGAAAACGGAUCUUGGGAUGAGACACCAGCAAUGUUGAGGGAGUUGGAUCGAGAGCUUGAACGGAUGGGAGUAGAGAGGAGGGUUCUAAUUGAAGCAAUCACGCAUCGGGAACAAGUUGCAGAAGUUGUCGCACAGGGUGAUGACAAGCCCGGCUGGGUUAUGACGUCGAGGGGGAUGAAGGAGCUACGGCGGAUACCGAUGCUGGCGAAAUUACGUAAUCGACUGUUGGAACCAUUGGAGGAGUUACAGAGGCAAGGAAAGGGUAAUUUUGACAGGAUAUUAUUUAUGAACGACGUGGUUUUUACGGCCGAGGACGUCAUUACCUUAUUAAGGACUCGGGACGGAAAUUACUCAGCCGCCUGUUCGGUCGACUUCAACAAACCACAAUACUACUACGACACUUUUGCUCUCCGAGAUAUCUAUGGCCAGGAGGCGGCUAGUCAACGAUUCCCGUUCUUUGCAAGUGGUGAAAGCCGAAACGCCAUGAUGAGAGGGGACCCAGUUCCAGUCCAAAGCUGUUGGAACGGCAUAGUCGCCUUCGAUGCUGCUCCAUUUACACGCCAGCAGAAACCAUUACGUUUCCGUGGAAUCGACGAUUCACUAUCUGUUUUACAUCUUGAAGGAUCGGAAUGCUGUCUAAUACAUGCAGAUAAUACUGGAGGAUUUAGGUCGUUGCAGAGGUCUGGAGUCUGGAUGAACCCGCUGGUUCGGGUGGGGUACAAUUUCCCAGCAUACCGUUACCAAAGAAUUCAUAUGUACCAGUGGCCGGAAUAUUUUAUUUCCAUACCGGUUAGGAUUGGUACUAGCUUGAUAGGGCUUCCGUGGAGGAACCGGAAGGUGGGUAAAAGAUUGGCGAGCUGGAGGAAGGAAACUGGUGGAGAUGAGAAAGGGGAUUUUUGUCUGGUUGAUGAGAUGCAUGUGCUCGUGGAGAACGGAUGGAAGCAUGUCUAG